AUGUUCCUCGCCAGGAGGUCAGCGGCUCCGGCGCGGGCCUUUCUUCGACGUCAUCAGCCGCGCCGGUAUGCCCAUAGCGAGGCCCAUCAUGCCGAGCCAGUGAACGAAUCUUUCGGCCGCGGCUUCUACAUCGCCAUUGCCAGUAUCCCCGCUGGCCUUGCCCUCUACAAAUAUAGCACGUCAGACUCGAAAAAUGCGCCCUGGAUCACCCGCCUCAUCGAAGAAUACACACCUAGCGAGAACCUCUGGGCGAAACGAAAUGCUCUCCAUACCUUAGCGGUGGAGAAGGCCGCCUCGGACCGCCAUCUGUUUCAUAGCCAAAACCCUCUGUUGACGAUUGAUCUCAAGUACCCGGAGAUGUUUAACGCAGGUUCGCCGAUCAACAUGCCCGCGGGCAAUUCUUCCGGGGAUUUACGAGCCGUUAUUUCGCACUAUCAGAAGAGACAGAAGGCCCAGGAAGAAGAUAGAUUGGCCAGGAUGGAGAAUGGAAAGUGUUGCACAUUUGCAUACAACGCCUUCCCAUACCUUUCGACCGCUGGUUUCAUAGCACUGCGGUUCAAUGAUUCUGGGCCAGACGAUCUGACUCAAAUUGUUAUGCAAGAUAGAUCCCUGCAUAUCUUGCUAGGCGCGUUGGGUAUUGCCCCGAAGAUCAUGCCACUUGCAAGUUCCCUAUAG